AUGCAUGAUGCCAAGACAGGGAUGCGGCCGGUGUCGAUGCACUGGGACCUGAAGGAGGAACUGACGAAGAUGUGGCAGAAGCCCAUCUCUAGCCUUCCCGUUCACGGCGACUUGCCCCGUCUGUGCGACCGAACAACACUCGAGAUCAAGCGCACAGACUUCAGGGAUCUGCCCAGCGAAGAGGAGAAGAAGAGGGGCGAAACGAGCGAGUGGAAGAGCGGCGGAUCGGUCUACGGCGAUCGACAGGAGUUGGUGGGCAAGCGAAGCAGCGUCUACGGGGGCGUCACGGAGGGUGAGGACGAGAUCGAAGAGAUCUAUUUCGACGCCUCAACCACGUGGUAUGUCUCCGUGUGCAUGAACGUGCCCAACGAAGCCGAGAAGAUGCGAUUGGCCUCGGUGUGGCCACCAGCCGAAAUCAACGGCUUGGUCUCGCUCGUGUUGAAUUCUGUCCGAGGCACAGCCAUGCUCUACCUCUACGACCAGGAUGCCGAAUGUAUGAUAGUGGAAAAACAAGACGCGGCCAUCCUGGUACCGACCAAGGAUUCGAUGCGCUACUUCGCCAUCCCCGAGGAGGAGGGUUCGGUGGGGUUCGCUUUCUACUCGCGCGAAGACAGCGCAGCAUUCCAGAAAUGCCUGAACGAUUGGAAGCAGGAACGAGAGGAGAUGGUGCAGAAGGUCGGGGGCUCCCUGCCCUCGCGGCCAUCCACAGCGGGCAAGGACGACGGAAUCAACGGCCGCUCUGCGCGCAUGCAUCUGUUCGAGACGCUGUCGUCGCUGGUGUGCCGAAUUGCCGAGGCCUUGGAGCCGAGGGAGACGGCCCUGCAGGUGAAGAACUCGUUCGACUUCUACAAGAAAAACGGCACCGCAGAGACGAUGGACAUGGGCAUGAUCAUGCAGGCCAUCCUCAAGAACGGCGUUGGUCCGCGCACGGAGAGUAUUUUGAAGGCGAUCCACCAGGGGGUGAUCCUGACGACGGCCUUCGAAAUCAAGCACAAGGUCACCAAGAGCAUUCUCACCAAGGACGUCCGCACCAAGGACGGCUGGCGGGUGCACGUCCACCUGGCACCCAACGGCGCCGUCGUCACGCACACCCGACGGGAGAUGUCCAUCGGGGCGCGCGGACCGGAGCCGGAGAACGAGUUUGUGUUCGAGUGGCGCCUGUCGAUGUUCUUCAAUGCUGCACUCACGGAGCUGGAGGCGGUGAAGCUGCGCCUGACGGACCUGCAAUUCGGACCGCAGACGACGGCCGAGAACAAGCAGAAGCUCAACCAGACCUUCUUCAACGGCCAACUCCACGUCUACUGA